UGCAAGGUCAUAAUAACUGGUGAAUUGGACGUCGAGAGCUAAUGCGAACCUUAUGUACCCGAAACAAGUAUCGGAAACACGUUAGCAUGUUCAUGUAAUAAUUGAAAAAAGUUGGAGGAUACGAAAUAAUUUGUAGCAUUUGUUUUUCGUUACAAUAAACGACACGUGUCCUUCUGAUGGUACUGACGGAAUUAUCUACAAUGAUUCCCCAACAGACUGAGGUCAGUAGUGGAGGGGAAUAUCACGAUCUGCAGACCCAGAGCGCCCUACUGGUCAGUAUCAAACAGGAGUACUCGGAAAACUUUACACAGGAAAAUUACACAGGUUCAGACUAUCCCCAAGGAAAAGGCAAAAAACGAAAACGUUGUGACAAAUCUUGUGAUAGUUUCUCUGACGCUUGUUCUCCUGCUACUUCUGAGGCCUCCAGUGAUGGCCCCGUACAAAAAAGACCCAAAAACAAGGUCACCAAGUCCUUCGCGGACGUACUCACACAGAGAGCCAUGGCAAAUGUACGAGAAAGGCAACGGACACAGUCUCUGAAUGAGGCAUUCGCUCAACUGAGAAAAAUUAUCCCCACCCUUCCUUCCGACAAACUUAGUAAAAUCCAGACUCUGAAGCUGGCCACGCGCUAUAUAGACUUUCUGUGUCAGGUUUUACAGUCUGAGGACACGGGGUCGUUGGAGGGACAGGGAGGGUGUUCUUAUCUGGAGGAGGAGAGGAUCGGGUACGCCUUCUCUCACUGGAGAAUGGAGGGGGCCAUCAGCGGUCCGGCUCAGUAACCCUGCCCAGAUACAUUCAGCGUUAUUUUGGCUGUUUUGGACAAAUUACAACGAUUGACGAAAAUCUUGGUCUUUUUGACGAUAACAACAAUUGUUACAUUGGAUUACCAGGUGCAGGAAUUUCAGUUCGACAUACGAGAGAUUACAAGUUGACAGAAGGGUAAUACAAAAGACAAGAUUGGACACUAGAUUUCUUCUGUGUGCAGCUAAAACGGUUUGAUCAGUGCCGGGCCGAUAACGCACCUGUCCCAGGCUGAAUGCACGUGCCGGCACGGAUAGCGGAUCAAGCGAACUCCCGACUAGAUUUCUGGAGAAUCUGUGAUUAUGAGAAACGAACCUAAUAAAAUCAUUAGAGUUAAUAAUCCUACGGAUUUAUUCAUGCCUCCUUUGGGUUCACAUAAAAAGUCCUCAUACAUUUGUAUUUUUUGCUACUAUAUACAUAUACGUUAUUUCAUUAUGUUUAUCAGUCCCUGGAUGCACAAUGAACAUUUUUUACCUUUCCUCCGUCCAACACAUCACGUGCACACUAAAGACUAAUCACAGACUUCGUUAUAAAACAGUCUCGGACCAUUUCAUAAUGAUUUCAUUUUGGAUAGCCGUCUUGUGAAUAUUACACCUUGUUAAUAUAUUUAUAUAAUUUUAUACAAAACCUCCAAGUGUGUUUGUGUGUUGAUUUUUUUUUCUUGAGAUUAAAAUAUAUAUUGCAAUGCU